AUGGCGUGCCAAUUUCAGUUUUCGAGAGGUAACGGCACAGGCGUGGCGGAAGCAAUCGGAAAUUGGGGAUUUUCGAACAAAGUCUCAAAUUCUGGGCAAGAACUCAGACGUUUGAGAUACCUUUCUCAAAAAAUGGCUUGCAUGAAAACUGGAAAACCGUUGAUGUGCGUGAAAUAUGAUUGUAGAAACGAUCCAGAAGCUUGGUACGUGAAACCAAGCCCCGAAGAGUGCAAACCAAUUUGGACAUUUCCCAUCAAGAGGCCACUUAUCACAUAUAGUUCUACUGCUGAAAUACUUUUAACUUCGAAUUUGAAUAGUAUCGGAUCGGACCUGCUUUAUGUAAUUCCUGGACGAAGUUACGCGUUACAGGGUACGGAUAAAUGGUAUCGACGGGGACCGGAUUGUUGCCCGCAGCCCAGCUGUUUAGCGCCACAAUGUCCAAGACCAUGUUGUUACUGA